GAAUAGCAUAACUCCUAAUUAUAGUAUAUUUGACCUUUGAAAAAGAAAGAACUUAUUCCUGCGGAUGCAUUAGGGACAAAAACGAGAAGUACUACCUACCCACAUAAAAUUCAAAUCAUCUGAGUUUGCAUAGAUGCACAUAACACUAGCACUUAGAGUAAACUACAUGUUAAGAACAACAACUCAUCAUUCUCAUUUCAUCAAUUUCCAAUUCUUCCACCAAUUUCCCAAACUCAUUCACUCCAACAACCAACCUAAUAAUGCCACUAACCACCUCCCAUUUGAAACCUUUACAACCAAUUCAAAUUCACUCAUUUCCAUUUACUCCCGCCAAGGCUUAUUCCAGAAAGUUCUCCAAACUUACACCUUAUUAAUAAACUCAUCUCAACAACCAAACCAAUCAACAUUCUCAACCACUUUAUCAUCGUGUACAAAGCUCGAAAGCCUCGAGUUCGGUAAGUUAGUUCACACCUCUAUAAUUAAAAAAGGAUUCGAAUCCGAUUCGUUAAUCCAUCGGAGCCUCGUUCAUUUCUAUACGAAAUGCAAGUGUUUGAGUUCGGCUCGGACAUUGUUCGGUUCGGCAUUGGAAUCAGAUUUGUUGUUGCCUCUCGAUGUAUCUUCGUUGACGGCUUUGAUUGGUGGUUAUGCGAAUGUUGGUCUGUAUGAAGAAGCACUCCACGUGUUUGAUGAAAUGCGGAGUGGUUUUGUUUUGGAUGAAUUGGCGUUUGUGACUGUUUUGAAUGCUUGUGUGAGUUCCGGGAAGUUGGAUUACGCGCGUGAGUUGUUUGAUGAGAUGGAGAUGGGUGGUUGUGAUAAUGUUGUUGUGUGGAAUGUUAUGAUUUCUGGUCAUGGGAAGAGGGGUUAUUAUAAGGAGGCGGUUGGGUUUUAUCGGGAAAUGAGGAAGAAUGGUGUGGAGUCGUCGAGGUCUACGCUUGCGAGUGUUUUGAGUGCGAUUGCUGGGUUGGGUGAGUUUGAUUAUGGUUUGUUGGUUCAUGGAGAGGCUGUUAAGCUAGGUUUUGAGUCGAGUGUUUAUGUGGUGAGUUCUUUGGUUAAUAUGUAUGGGAAGUGUGGAAUGUUGUGUGAUGCGAAGAAAGUGUUUGAUGUUGUGUGUGAAAGAAACGUUGUUACGUGGAAUACGAUUCUUGGAGUUUACGCGCAGAAUGGUUGUUUAAGUGGUGUUAUGGAGUUGUUUUCUGAAAUGAUGGGGUCUGGAAUUGAUCCGGAUGAGUUUACGUACUCUAGCAUUUUGAGUUCGUGUGCUUGCUUUGAAUUCUUAGAUAUCGGGCGGCAGUUGCAUUCGACUAUUAUCAAGAAAAGGUUUACUGAUAAUUUAUGUGUGAAUAAUGCAUUGGUAGAUAUGUAUGGUAAGGCUGGAGCUUUGAUGGAAGCUAGAAAACAAUUUGAGCAGAUGAAAUAUCGAGAUAAUAUUUCUUGGAAUGCUAUUCUUGUUGGAUACGUGCAAGAAGAAGAGGAAACUAAUGCUUUCAACAUGUUUCGGAGGAUGAAUCGAUUUGGCGUUGUACCAGACGAGGUAUCUAUGGCUAGUAUUCUUAGUGCUUGUGGAAAUAUUAAGGCACUAGAAGCAGGACUACAGUUUCAUUGCUUUUCAGUUAAGUUGGGUUUAGAGACGAACCUUUUUGCUGGAAGCUCUCUUAUUGACAUGUAUUCCAAAUGCGGAGGAAUCAAAGAUGCACGUAAAGUUUAUUCUACCAUGCCCGAGUGGAGCGUGGUUUCCAUGAAUGCCCUGAUCGCAGGAUAUGCUCUAAAAGAUGCAAAAGAAGCAAUUAAUCUUUUGCAUGAGAUGCAGAUGUUGGGAUUAAAUCCAUCUGAAAUCACAUUUGCCUCACUCAUAGAUUGUUGUAAAGAACCUCCUAUGGUAUUUUUAGGGAUGCAGCUCCAUUGUGCUAUAUUAAAGAAGGGUCUUUUAUGUGGUAGUGAAUUCUUAGGUACCCCUUUGUUGGGGAUGUAUAUGGACUCACAGAGGAUGGAAGACGCAAACGUUCUUUUCUCCGAGUUAUCUAACCUUAAAAGCAUUGUACUGUGGACAACCUUAAUUUCUGGACAUAUUCAAAAUGAUUGCAGUGAUGAGGCCUUAAAACUGUACCGUGAAAUGCGAAACAACAAUAUCUUACCAGACCAAGCAACAUUUGUAACUGUUCUGCGAGCUUGUGCGCUCUUAUCCUCACUGCAAGACGGUAAAGAGAUGCAUUCUCUAAUCUUUCAUACUGGUUUUGACCUAGAUGAAUUAACUAGCAGUGCCCUCGUAGAUAUGUAUGCUAAAUGUGGAGAUGUAGAAAGUGCUGCAAAAGUUUUUGAUGAACUGGCGAUAAAAAAGGACGCGAUUUCUUGGAAUUCAAUGAUUGUUGGGUUUGCUAAAAAUGGUUAUGCAGAUAGGGCACUGAGGGUCUUUGAUCAGAUGGCUCAAUCAAAUGUUUCACCAGAUGAUGUCACAUUCCUUGGAGUGCUCACUGCCUGUAGUCAUGCCGGGUUGGUUUCUGAUGGUCGUCGGAUUUUCGACAACAUGGUAAACUAUUAUGGAAUUUGUCCGAGAGUAGAUCACUACGCUUGCAUGGUUGAUCUACUUGGCCGAUGGGGUUUUCUUGAAGAAGCUGAAGGGUUUAUUGGCAAACUAGAUGUUGAACCUAAUGCAAUGAUUUGGGCUAACUUAUUGGGUGCUUGCAGAAUACACGGGGAUGAAAAAAGGGGACAGAAAGCAGCCGAGAAACUUAUCGAAUUAGAACCACAAAAUUCUUCUCCGUAUGUACUACUUUCUAAUAUGUAUGCUGCAUCAGGACAUUGGGAUGAAGCUAGAUCUUUGAGGAGAACAAUGAUACAGAGAGAAAUCCAAAAGAUGCCCGGGUGUAGCUGGAUUGUUCUGGGGCAGAUAACAAACUCAUUUGUUGCGGGUGAUUUAUCACACCCUAGUUCUGAUGAAAUUUCACAUGUUUUGAAGCAUCUGACAGCACUCAUGAGAGACAAUAGAUUGCAGGAAGAUGGACUUUCCCAUUCUGGGCAAGUUUGUUGAUCAAAAUAAUGGGAAAAGAAAAAGAUGGAAAUAACUUAUCCUUUAUUUUAUUUUUAAAAUGUUUCAUAUUGUUUUUGGAAAGAGAUAGAAAGGAAAUGAUAAUUCGCAAAGGUCGGAUAAAAUGUAUUCUUAUUAUCUUUUUGUAAAUUGGUAGAAAUAAUAUUUGCAUUCUGUGAUGCAUGA